AUGGAACUUCAGCGUUUUAUACCCAAAGACCUCCCGGGAAUAUAUGAAGAUUUCAGCUUGUUGCACGCAAAUCUCAAGGCGCUUGAUGAACGCGUCCGCCGUCUCGGAAGCAAUUCAAAACGCGCUAGAGCUAUCGAAAUACUAAGAUAUGUCAUUACUAGAAGGGAUGAGGAUAUCGCUUCAGAGAGAAUCAGGAUCAGUGACAUGGAGGUCUACUGGAAGAACGUGGAGAGGGCGAAAAUGACUGUAUUGAAUCAGAAUCCGCCGGGUAGUCAAGGACAUAAAGCUGCUCGAGAGGAGCAAAACAAAGCGUGCCAUCAAAUUUACGAGUACCAGACAAAGCUCCCAACGAGGCUUCGAGAUUAUAGUGAGUAUUUGGAGUCUUGCGAGAAAGUACUCGACAAUUGGACUAUUCACGACCGUCGUAUCAUGGACUUAUUGCAAUUGAUAAGAAAUCUCAGAGGUGUCCCGGACAGCUCAUAUCGUGAAACUCGUGCCAGUUGCCAAAACGAAGCUCAAAAGUUGAGGAACGAAAUCCGGUAUGACGAGAAAUCCUUGGGCAAUGAGAAAGAAAAACUUGAGCACGAAAUUGAAUGGACAUCUAGAAAGGAUUUGAGAAUAAAAUUGGGGCAAGAAUUUGGAGUUCCUCUGAACGGAAGAGAUCAUCAGAUUGUUAAGAACUUGAUGGAUGGUGCUCUGCAGGAGAUAUCCGAUAAAUUUGAAGGUGUGGGAAAGAUCAGAGUGUGGAGCCUGAGCACAGAUAGAGAAUAUCUGGAUCGAUUGAUCAGCUACUUAAAGCCAGGUCAUCGUAUGCAUACAUUCAGGAUUAAUCCAGACAUAAAGAAAUGCUACAGAGGCGUUGCUCACGACUGGGAUUCAUAA